AAGGAUCCGGUGUUAUACAGGGCCAGUAAACCCGGUGAAACCCGGUUAAACCCGGAGGACUGUGCGGGGUGUCGGCGGGCUGCAGAGGCCGGAGGUUCCGUUCAUUUACCGGUUCAUUUACCGGAAUAAUGGCGAAGACGUACGACUAUCUGUUCAAGCUGCUGCUGAUCGGUGACAGCGGAGUCGGUAAAACCUGCCUGCUGUUCCGGUUCAGCGAGGACGCGUUCAACACCACCUUCAUCUCUACUAUAGGAAUCGAUUUUAAAAUCCGAACGAUCGAGUUGGACGGAAAGAAAAUCAAACUGCAGAUUUGGGACACGGCGGGUCAGGAGAGGUUCAGGACCAUCACCACCGCUUAUUACCGAGGAGCCAUGGGCAUCAUGCUGGUUUAUGACAUCACCAACGAGAAAUCCUUCGACAACAUCAGGAACUGGAUCCGCAACAUCGAGGAGCAUGCGUCCUCAGAUGUGGAGCGGAUGGUUCUGGGAAACAAAUGUGACAUGAACGACAAGAGACAAGUGUCCAAAGAGAGAGGAGAGAAGCUGGCGAUCGACUUCGGGAUCAAGUUCCUGGAAACGAGCGCGAAGUCGAGCAUCAACGUGGAGGAAGCCUUCAUGACUCUGGGAAGAGACAUCAUGAGCAGACUCAGCAGGAAGAUGAGCGACAACAAUCCGUCUGGAGGAGGCGGACCGGUUAAAAUCACAGAGUCUCGCUCCAAGAAAAGCUUCUUCAGGUGUUUGCUGCUGUAGGCGGAGUCUCUGCUCCUCCUCCUCCUCGUCUUCCUCCUCCUCCUCCUCAUCUUCCUCGUCUUCCUCCUCCUCAUCCUCGUCUUCCUCAUCCUCGUCUUCCUCUGGAUGCUGCAGAGCUGGAUCUCCUCCCUCAGCGCCGCUCUGAGCAGCAACAUGCAGGCAGAUGUUCAGCCUGCAGAUGUUCGGUGUUACUAAUGAAUCUGUUUACUGUUUAAUGUUUUAAUGAAUGAAAUGAAGACGAUGAAGACUCGGAUGAAGAACACGUCGGAUCAUUUUUCAUUUUUCACCAAAGUGUUUGAAGCUGUCUGAAGUUUCAUGUUUUAUUAUUUUAUGUUUUAAUGUUUGUAACGUUUGAAGCUGCAGCAGCACUGAGCAGUAAAUCAUCUGCAGACAUCAAACGUCUGAAUGUUGAAAUAUUAAAAACAUAUUUUAGUUUAUUUGAUUUGAGCAAAUCUACGGAGGCCUCAGUGUGCCAAAAAUAUAUAAUCCCAAAACAGUCAUGAUAAUCACUUUAUACUUUUAUACUUAAACAAAAUACAGCACAUUAAAUAUUAUUAUUAUUAUUAUUAUUAAACCCAAAGUAAGAAAUAAAACUAUUAUAUUAGUAAAUUAGUAACUUUAUCUUCCUCAUGCUGAUGAGGUUUAAAUGAAUGUUUUUAUUUUAUCAUUUUAUUAAAAGUGACAGAAUGUAAAAUAUAAAUAUUAAAGCAGGAAACUAAUAAACUGAGAUUAAAAUAAACUUCAGUUCCUUUCCUCCCUCCCUUCUUUCCUCCCCUCUUUCUUUCCUUCCUUCCUUUCCUUCCUCCCUCCCUCCUUCUCUUUUUCUUUCCUCCCUCCUUUCCUUCCUUCCUUCCUCCUUCCCUUUUCUCCCUUCCUUCAUUCCUCCCUCCUUUCCUCCCUUCGUUCCCUUCCUCCCUCCCUCCUUUCCUUCCCUUCCUCCCUCCUUUCCUUCCCCCCUUCUUUCCUUUCCUUCCUCUCUUUCCUCCCUUCCUUCUUCCCUUCCUCAACCCCCUUUCUUCCUUCCUCAUCCCCCCUCCUUCUUUCCUUCCUUUCCUUCCUUCCUUCCUCCCUCCCUUCUUUCCUUCCUCCUGAA